AUGUUCGUAGAGUCGAACACCUCGUUGCGCGUUCUGGUUGUUCCUGUCCGUCUGCAGGGUCACACAGGAUUCUGUACCUUCUUCCUUCGCAACACCGCGCGGGAUCUUGGCUCUCGAUUCGAGGAAAUGCUGCGGGCUGAACUCUCCGGCGCGCAGCCCGGGCGGCGCGGCCGCUGGCGCGCCAGAUACACCAGGGCUUGCCUCCUGGCGCUUUCCGCGACAGCGAUCGUCUCUGCUGUCUGCUCCGGCCGUGCGGAGACCUCUGCCUCGCCGCAGUCAUCUGAAGCGCGCUUAGAUGCUGCGCCAGCCACGCACUGGUCGCCGCCUUUCCUGUCGGCGGCUUCCCCCGCGUCCCUGUUGUCCUCUCUGUUGGCAGCUGCUUCCGAGCAUGGCGAGCGUCAGCAAGCCGCGCAGCACGGCCCCGCGGCGGCUCCGUCAGAUGACGCGGACGCUGCUCAGCGCCCGAAGGGGGGAGAGUCCGAAAAGCCAGACGAGGGGCAAGAAGAGCCGGAGCUUCCAGUUCACCACCCUCUUUUUCGGCUGCCGUCUCAUGUGGUCGGAGGCGCUUCUUCCUUUUUCCUCUUCUGGAAGAAGACUUCGUCGCCGGAGCCGCUGCCACAAGCUCCCCCUUCGCACGUAAUGGACGCCCCCGCGGCACUCGCGCUGCCUUCGGCGAGCAGCUGGUUCAACUGGCGCUCCGCCCCAAGCCAGACUGGCGAACGGGGGGCCGCGGCUGAGGUGGAGGAACAACGGACUUCUCAGGUCGGCAAGCAGAGCGCCUGGUGGCUGCCCGCUCGCGAAAACGUCUCGAAGCUCUCGGGGCAAGAUCAACAGGCUCUGGGGCUCUCCGCGGCUGCGGCCUCGGCGCGUUUCUGGUUUGGAGCCCCUCCAUCUCUCGAGAACGUUGAGGAAGCCGCGCACGCUGCAGCCGAAGGCGUCCGCGACGCUAGCAGACGCGCCGGAGAAGCCGUGCACGAGCUCGUGGAGGCAGGCGAGGAGCCUGUGAAGGACGCUGCGAAGGCCGUUGCACACUCGGAAGUCGCCAAGGGGCUCUGGUCCUACGUCGCGGCCGCGGAAGGUGCCGCCAAUCCGCUCGCGGCAGUCCGCGCGGCCGCCUGGUGGUUCUCCGAGCGCGAGAGUGAAGCCGAGGCUCUGGUCAUGUCGCUGGCAGACCAAGGCUCGCAGAACGUGCGCGAGGCCACAGCCGUGGUGUCACUUGCAGCGCAGUCCUGGUGGCAUGAGAGCGGCGGGCAGCAGGCCACUCAGUUCGCUCAAAAGGCGCUCGAGGGCGCUGCCGCUUGGUUCCGGCAGCAGAAACGCCACCUGGAGGAGCUGGAUGCCUCGACGGCGGCGGCGUGGCUCCGCAGCCUGCAGAAUCCCCAGCCUGUUCCGGCUUCGCCAGUGGCCGCAGAAGGCCGUCUAGUCUCUGCGAACCCGACUAACGCCGAGACGCAAGAGGGCGCCGCGCCGUCCAAGAGCUCCUGGCUGCAGCAGUGGCUCUGGGGAGGCAAAGCUGAGGCGACGCCAGCGCCGAAGGGCGUGCGCAAGUUAGACCUCGUGCAGGCAUUCCUGGCGCCCGCGGAGCUGGCCUCUUGGUGGAACGAGCGCGAGAAGAACGCUCCAGUCGCCGCCUCGUGGUUCUGGAGCAAAGAAGCUGCCGCGAAGACAGACAGCGCAAAGGUCAACGGCGUGCCUCCUGAGGCCGCGGCCGCCGCCGCCGCAGCGGCUGCGUCGUGGUUCUGGCGGAGUGAGCCCGAGGGCAAGCAGGUGCCGCCUCCAGACGCGGCCCUGACUUGGUUCUGGCGAAAGCAACAAGAGGCCGUUCAGGAUGCAGCCCAGAUGCAGGCGGAGACCAAGGACGCGAAACACCCAGGCCGCUUGGGUGCGAGUCUGAGUUGGGCGUCCCUGUGGAAGGGCGAGGUUAACAACAGCGCGGAGGAGGCCGCACACCAAGAGGCGGAACACAGCGCGGCUGCCUCCUCCCUCUUGUCUUGGUGGCCUGCGACGAAGCCGACUGCGGACGAGAAGGCGAAGGGGCUGGGCUCGCCCCCGGCCUCCGAGUCGGCCUGGCUGUGGUCCAACGUCAAAGAGCGGCAGGCGGACGCCGCUCGCCAGGAAAACGGCUUCGUCUCUUGGCUGAACUCAUGGUUUUCGCGAGAGGGAAACCCGGAGAAACACAGUGACAAGUCAGCGAAAGAUGAGACUGCGACGAGCGCCGCCGCGUCUCGUGGCUGGUUCGCCGUGGGGUCGUCCUCGGGGCAAGCUUCACAGGAGACAUCUGGGCAGGCCACGCCGAAGGAUGUCUCGGAAAAUUCCGCCCUGUCGCGCUUCUGGCUCGGCGCAUCUCCGUCUGGUGACGCUACAGAAACAGAGCCAGCCGCGCAGGAGUCCGCAGAGGCUUCCUCUGCCUCCUCUUCUGCGCUCCACAAGAAGCCAGACCUGGUGUCUCUCGCAGGCCCUCGCGCGCCCGGCCACGACGAGGAGAGCACCUCUUCGUCGUCUGAAUCGGAUUCGUCCUCGGGAUCCGCGUCGUCCGAGCGCGCAUCUGUGUUUGACCUGCCGCCCGCCCCUGGCGAUGAACCGCAUGACAGCGCGUCGCUCGAGGAGCCCGCCACACAGCACGCCUCCCAGUGGUCUGUCUUCUCUGGGACGGCCCCUCUGCAUGGCCCUCCCUUCCUCGGAGGCGGUCAGUCGCAGAGGAUCCCCUCAGGCGUCCCGCGCGUCCAGAAAGCUGGGUCCUUGUGGUCCGCGGGCUUUUCGUGGCUGGCAGGCCCGGGCGGGGUCGCCCCCGAGUCGGCCGAGCGCGCCUCGGCGCCGCCUGCCUCCCCUGCCUCCUCUGUCGCGUCGGCUGCCGCGGUCGCGUCGCAGCUCGUGGCUCAGCACGCGAACGCCGCAGCCGCGGGAUGGAUGUUUGCGGAGACUCCCGCAGGGAGCGAGAAGGCCGCGCGGUCGGCGCCGACUGCGCACGAGGCGCGAGUUGGAGGCGCUCACUGGUGGGACUGGCGCAGCGCUGGAGCCGCGGGGACGGAGACCAUGACGCGCGCGCCCAUUUACACGCGCGACGUGCAGCUAGACUGCGACCCUAUUCCGCCCUUUCGCGCAUGCGUUCAAAAGUGCCAGCGAGACAACCGCAGCGCCAAGAAAGCGGCUGCGUCGACUUCCGCGGCGGAUCCUGAGGCGCUGGGCUCGUACGAGUACGGAAACCUGCGCAGCUGCUACUUUUCUUGCAAGCAGAAGUGGAUCGACACCGACCUGCCCGGAUGCCUGCGGGAAGACGGCGUCAAAGUCGAGGGCGUCCCCCCUGUCGAGGCCUUUAGAAUCACCACGACGACCUCCACAACCACCACCCCGCCCCCCCCCUCUCCGGAGCAAAAGAAAUCGCCGUCGUCGGGCGAGGCCCCCGCCAGCCGACCCUUCUGGGCGCGGGCGGACGAGAAGGCGCCAGAGCCCGAGAAGCAGACAGAAGUAAAGGGCUUUUUCUCCAUCUUUCAGCGCCCAGAGACAACCACGACGUCGACGACUACCGUUCUCCCGAAAGGGGGCUUCUCCGUUUCGCGUCUGUUUGGCUUCCUUCCCCAGGCAGAGCCUUCCGGAACCCGCACGGAGGCCGCUGAGGCCUCAGGCAGCUUCCCGUUCUCGCUGCGAGGCGGCAGUCAGUCUCUGUCUUCCGCGGGCAAAACUGAGGCGGUCUCCACACCCGAGCCUGCAGCGGGCAGCAGUCUGUGGGCGCGGCUCUUUGGCCGCAAAGUGACCGCAGAGCCUUCCGAGCUCGCCUCGGUGGCAGGCGAGGCUGCGCUCACGCAGCCGCCGCAGGCGGGGUCGCCGGCCCAGGAGGCGAAGCCGUUGUCGGUGCUGAAGAAGCUCGGGCUGCUUCAGAGCAGCGCGGCUGCCGCCGAGGAGGCCUCUGCGUCGUCGGGGUGGUGGUCCUGGCGGUCGAAGGCGGAAUCCGAGCCGGCGAGCGACGGCAGCUCCGCAAACACCGCAGGCGCGAGCUCGGCCGCCGACGCGAGCGCCCUCGCGGCAGCAGCGGUGUUCGACGGCGCGGAGCUCUCCAAAGUGAAGGCGGGCGCGGAGAAAGUGAAGUCUUCGGCACGCGAAAUCGUCGACGACGCAGACCAAGCCGUUGAGAGCGCCUUUUUCAGCUGGUGGCCUGUGCUGCUGAUCGCGGUCGGCGUUGGGCUCCUCAUUCUCUGUGUGCUUGGCAGGCGGCUCGGUCAGUGGGAGGGCAUGGCUGGCAGCGGCGACAUCGAGAGGGGCGAGUACGCGAGUGCGCCGUUCUUUCAGUCGACGGCGGUCAGCAAGCACGACGACCUCGCCCCGAGCACUGGCUCUUCUCCGGCCGUCGCGAGCCGCUGCUCCGACGACAACCGCCAGCCGCUGAUUGCGCAAGUCGAGUAG